AAGUGAUACGAACCGGAGUGAUACAUUAGAAAUGCUUUGACAAGCUGUUUUCUUCUGCUUUUUUCUUUUUGGGAUUCACAAUUGACUUUCUUUCUAAUAUCACAUGUGCUGCAUUCACAUUAUCAUCAAAUGCAGUAAGAUCAUAGUGCUUAGCCAAGACCCGAGAUAACAAUGUGGACCUGAUUGGUGAGCAGUGAUGGCUAGUAAUUAGUGGGAUCUCUACAGUAAGCCUUGCAGUUCUUUCACGUGUUUGCUUAUUUAUUUGCACGAGUUUUCCUUGCAACAGUUGAAACUUGGACCCAUAUGACAUCUAUAUUGUUGUCAACUCUGGAGUUAGAUUAUGUAGAAACGACGUUAGUGCUUUUUCAUGUCAUGUGGAAUAGCCUACAAAAUCAACAUCUCCCGUCAAAAGUGGAAUGCAUAUAGUUGCUAUGAACUGAUGUACAUGAAUGAAGUCUCUAGUUUGAGUGAAUUGUUUUUCUUUGAACAACCCUCUAGUUUGAGUGAAUUGAAUUAAAAAAAUAUGUGAAACCAGGACAAUACAAAAUACCUACAUUACAUGCCAUGGUCACGUAAUCACGUCAUUACAAUACAAAAUACCUACAUUACGUCUGAAAUUUUUCUGAAGCGAAAUUUUUCAGAUUUCAGUUAAAUUAUAGAUAUAAAUUUUGUUUGAUUCAGUUGAAUUUUUUUUUUUAAGUUUGCUUAUCAGUUUAAUUCAUCAUUCAGUUAGUUCGAUUUUCUAUAUCUUAUAAAUAUAUUUUUAAUCAAACCAUAUCAAUUAGAAGUAAAAUUCCAAAUCAAACUAAAUGAACUAAUCCAAUUUUGAACAGAAAAAAUACAAAUUGACCAAAAGACAAAAUGAACAAAAAAAAACUGAAAUAAUACAAAUAAAAAAAUCUUCAAUCAAAAAUUAAAUCCAAAAUUAAAAACUUGGUUAAAUGUGGUAAAUUUUUUCAUUAACGAACCGAAUUAAAAUUUUGCUCGGUUUAUGUUAAUCAUACUAACCAAAAAUCAAACAACUCUAACCAUAUAAACCGAACUACCCGAACCCGCCAACCUAUUAGAUACCAUACCACACAUGUGACUAGGGAUAGGUUAGUUAAAAAGGGUAAAUAACGUUUGCAACAACCAAAGGGAAAUGUUUUUAAUUCAGACACGAUUCAGUUUCAACUUCAACCCAUUGUCUCAUCUUCCUCGUUUCUUCUCCCUUCUUUCUCCGUCACUACAGAUCUGAGUAAAAUCAAAGCUCAGGUUCUGUCUUCUCUCUGGUCAAUACUUUCUCCUCAAAAAAAAAAAAAAAUUAAAGUUACAAACUUUAAAACCCCCCUUUACCCCUUCUACUACAUCAUCAAACCUCCUUGUAAACGCCGAUCUCAAUGAACGUUACAGGAGAAUCAAUGGUUGGUCAAAAGUUCUGGGAAAGCCAAGAAGACCGAGCGAUGGUGGAAUCCGCCAUAGGCACCGAAGCUUGCGACUUUUUCAUCUCUUCAAACACUUCCCUCCCCAAGCUACUCCCGCCGCCGCCGCCGACCGAUCCCAAUCUCCAGCAAGGCUUACGUCACGUCGUCGAAGGCUCGGACUGGGACUACGCCGUCUUCUGGCUUGCUUCAAACGUGAACAGCUCCGACGGCUGCGUCUUGAUCUGGGGAGACGGCUAUUACCGUGCCUCCCAGAAGGGAAACUCAUCAGAUAAAGAAGACGACGAGACCAAACGGCGCGUGCUUCGCAAGCUCCACUUGUCUUUUACCGGUUCGGAGGAAGAUCAUCGUCUGGUGAAGUCGGGAGGUCUUCUUAGUGAUCUCGACAUGUUUUAUUUAGCUUCUUUGUAUUUUUACUUUAGGUGUGAUUCGACUAAGUACGGUCCCGCUGGAACUUAUGUCUCUGGGAAGCCGCUUUGGGCUGCUGAUUUGCCUAGCUGCUUGAGUUAUUACAGGGUUAGAUCCUUCUUAGCUAGAUCUGCUGGUUUCAAGACUGUUUUGUCUGUGCCUGUGAACUGUGGAGUUGUUGAGCUUGGUUCGUUGAAGUUGAUUCCGGAAGAUAAGAGCGUGGUUGAGAUGGUGAAGUCGGUGUUUGGCGGAUCUGACUUUGUUCAAGCUCCUAAGAUCUUUGGUAGACAGCUGUCGAAACCGCGGUCGAUGAGCAUCAACUUCUCGCCCAAGAUGGAGGAUGAGUCUGGCUUCUCCCUGGACGCAUACGAGGUCGGUGGUUCGAAUCAAGUCGAGGCGGCGUUGUACUUAACCGACGAGCAGAAGCCGAGGAAGAGAGGGAGGAAGCCUGCUAACGGGAGAGAAGAGGCUUUAAACCAUGUUGAAGCGGAGAGGCAGAGGAGGGAGAAGCUGAACCAGAGAUUCUACGCUUUGCGCGCCGUGGUGCCUAACAUCUCUAAGAUGGAUAAGGCUUCGCUCCUCGCGGACGCGAUCACGUACAUUACCGAUAUGCAGAAGAAGAUAAGGGUGUACGAGACGGAGAAGCAGGUGAUGAAGAGGAGGGAGAGUAAUCAGAUCACUCCGGCGGAUGUUGAUUAUCAGCAGAGGCACGACGACGCGGUGGUGAGGGUGAGCUGCCCGUUGGAGACUCAUCCGGUUUCGAAAGUGGUGCAGAUGUUUAGGGAGAAUGAAGUUACGCCUCAUGAUACGAAUGUGGCUGUGACGGAAGAGGGUGUGGUUCAUACGUUCACGGUCCGGCCUCAGGGUGGAUGCACUGCUGAGGAGUUGAAGGAUAAGCUCCUCGCUUCUCUCUCACAGUAGUGAUUGAUAGUGUUGUUUAUUUGGGUUGUAUCAAUUGUACUAUUACUAGCCAAGUAUAACAAACUCAGGCUUUAGUAGGAGUGUGUAAUUGUUCCUUUAUAUAUCAUCUUGAGAUUUGUUUUUGAUAAA